UCUUUCACAAGGCUUUUUCAUUAUCCCUAGCAUAUAAAAAUGGGUAUGAGAAUCAAACUUAACAGCAGAGACCACCCCAGCAACCUGCUACGUGAGCUGAACCAAUCACGGUUGUCUGGAACAUUUUGUGAUGUUAAUAUCGUUGUGGGAAAUAGGUCUUUUUCUGCUCAUAAAGCUGUACUUGGCUCUGCGGCUGCUUAUUUUCAAAAAUUAUUCUUAAACGCUGAUUUGGAUAUAGCUAGAACUUAUGUGGUGGAUUUCAUAACCCCAACUAAUUUUGAGAAAGUCCUGAGCUUUAUCUACACUUCAGAGCUUUUCACUGACCUGAUUAAUGUGGGGGUGAUUUAUGAAGUUGCUGAGAAACUUGGCAUGGCAGACUUGAUAAAGGCAUGUCACGCAACCUUUCCUGAUCUAGAGGGCUCUUCAGGACACAAGAAUCAGUGCUCGGUGUCCUCCAGUGAAGGACGUUCAGGUGCUUUAAGUGUUGCUUCAACAGAACAUUAUCAAACUGAGUGCAAGGGCAAUGGAGUGGACAACCAUCUUCCACCUACAGAAAAAAAUUAUAGUGCACAGACAGAUGUAUCUGGUUCCUUGAAAGGAGAAGAACAUGAGGCUAAUAUAAAUCAAACGGCACACUUUCCACUAACAGCAAAAACAGAGGAGCAAAGUUCUUCAGCAAAGUACCAGUCCUCGCACUGUGCAAUGAACACUGGAUUUGGUCCAACAAGUACCUGCCCUCCCUAUAAAACACAGCACAAUGGGGACUACAACAAAAUUGGCUACUUUCCAGGGGAUUCCUCUGCUAGUGGAAAUUCCAAGGAGUCUGCUGGAGGUUUUGAAGCUAUGGGUGAUCUCCAGUUGGAGGAUCUGGAAGAGGAAACAUUGCAGUUUGACGAGGCAGGAGAUGAAGACUCUGGUCCUUCUGGAGAAAUUAUUGAACUGAGCGAUGGUAGUGAAGACGAGCUGCUUUUGUUUGGGCAGGCAGAAAAUCAAAGUGGUAAAGCUAUGCCUUGUCAAGUGUGCAAGAAAGUGCUGGAACCCAAUCUACAGCGUAUUCGCCAGCAUGCCCGAGAACAUGUAGAUCUAGUUAAAGGCAGCUGCAAAGUUUGCCAGGCUCGAUUCCAUGACCGUGGUGCUAUGAUUACUCAUGUCUUAUCACAUAUUGGUAUCUUUCUCUUUAGCUGUGAUAUGUGUGAAGACAAGUUUUUCAGCCAGUGGCAACUUACCCUCCACAGAGGACAAGAAGGUGUUACCUCAGAGCAUAACAUAAUUGUUCAACCAGGUCAGCCUCUUCCAGGGGAAGUCAACACGUUUGUGGGAGCACUAGGUACUGAACUUCAGUGUGGCGCCUGCCACAGGACCAUGUUACGUGAUUUCCAUUCUGUGCGGUCUCAUGCGUUGGAUCACCUCAACAACAAAAACCUCUCUUGUGGACUAUGUGAUCAUAGGCACUUAACACUUUGUGGUCUCAUGUGGCAUGUUUUGUCACAUAUGUCCAUAUCUGUUUUCUCUUGUUCUCUCUGUGCUAGCAGCUUCCUUGACCGCCAUUUGCUGGAAAAGCAUAUGGCUGUCCACCAGAGUACAGAAGAAGCAUUAUUCCGCUGCCAUCUUUGCUCCCAAGGUUUCAAGUCAGAAACAGCUUACCGACAGCACCUCAGCCAGCACCGAUGCGGCAGUAUUCCUAUGGACCGUCCCGGAUUCUCUGAAUUCUCCCAAAUUCAGAUUCCAUUGUCUAAGAGAAAAGCUCCUGAGGAUUUUACAGUAGAUGACCAUUCAGUUGUAGGACAGACAGGCCACAGCAAAUACACUUGUAAGGUUUGUGGAAAAUGCUUCUCCCAUACUAGUGAGUUUAACUACCACAGGCGCAUACAUACUGGAGAAAAGCCUUAUCAGUGCAAAGUGUGUCUUAAGUUCUUCCGAGGCCGAUCGACCAUCAAGUGCCACUUGAAGACACAUGCGGGGGCCCUCAUGUACAGGUGCACCGUAUGUGGACACUACAGCUCCACCUUAAACCUCAUGGGUGAACACAUAGCGGUGCAUAGAGGAAACCUGCCUUCAGACUUCACCAUUGACCAAACAUUCAUGUACACUAUCCACUCCAAAGAAACAGACAAGACUGCUGAUAGCUGA